UCACUUUCCACAUCAGCGGAUCCAACAUGUCGAAUGCCGAGUAUGAUAGUGUGUUGUGUGUAAAAAAUGAGGUGUUCGUGUACCGAAUACCCCCUAGAACCUCCAACAGAGGAUACAGAGCUGCUGACUGGAAGCUGGAUCAGCCAGAUUGGACCGGCCGACUGAGGGUUGUGGCAAGGGGCAAGACUCUGUCUAUUAAACUGGAAGAUAAAAAUUCAGGUGAACUGUUUGCGGAAUGUCCCGUCGAGACGUACCCGAGCAUUGCCGUGGAGGCAGUCAUGGACUCAAGUCGCUACUUCGUCCUCAUGAUCAAGGAUGAUCAAGGCCGCAGUGCAUUCAUUGGUAUUGGGUUUCAAGACCGCGCAGAUUCCUUUGAUCUCAAUGUCUCACUUCAGGACCACUUCAAAUGGCUGAAGCAAGAAGCAGAGGCUGAGAAGAGUGCAGCUACUUUAGACAGUGGACCUAAACUGGAUCUUGGCUUCAAGGAGGGGCAGACCAUUACACUCAAUAUCGGGUCAAAGAGAGAUGGUGCUGCCAAGGCCAGACCAAGAGCAAAAGCAGGGGGAGCAAUAGGUUUACUCCCUCCGCCACCAGGGGGAGUGAAGUUGCCACCACCAGGUGGCGUCAGUGUACAGGCACCACCUCAGGCUGCACAGCCAGUGGCCCAACCAGUGGACCAACCAGCUAGUGGAACUCAGAAUUUGGACCUGGUGCUGGACAUUGGAGGGGCACCAGCGUUGGCGCCAUUACAACCUGCCCAGCCCACGAAGAAGGCCACACCCGACUUGUGGGGGGACUUCACUAGCGCAGAUUUUGGACAGAGUCAAAACAGUAAUUCCAGCAACGAGGGAGGAGGAGGCCCAUGGGUGCAGUUUUGAUGACAGUAAAGAGUUACUUCCCUUCUCCCAAUCCAUUGUAUAUAUGAAGUGAAUCUACGUUCAUCAGGGAACGUCCACAGCAGUGUAGCGUUCACGUCUAGUGAACAUGUCAUCGUGUCACACACCAUCAUCAACAUAGAUGUACAUAGCGGUUGUACAUUUCACAUUGUUAUUAGCAUCAUCAGUUACAGCAUUUGGCUGGCAGAUUGUGUAGUAUCUUAGUUACUGACCAGGUCAUCAAGGUGUAGUGGUGGUUUUAUUGACAUUUCGUCACACUUUUGUCUGCACAAUUCCCAUUAAUCUGUUACACAAUUGACUGUUUAUAACAUUUUGGUAUAGGUCAUUUUCAUGAGGUAAGGCGUUAACUGACCAUAAAAGUCCAGUUCCCACCCUUCCGAACUAGGCUGGAAUUGGGGUGUUACUAACGGCGUGACGAGUGAGUCUGUGCAUAGUUCAAUCAAAAUCACGCAACGAAGUAGACAUCCAGUUCGUAAACAACAUGCAUUUCAACGUGGAGAUUUCGGUCGACUGCAGGAUUUGCAAAGCAUCUGUACUGUCAUCUUGAUGUCAACAGAUAUAUUCCAAUCUUUUCAUCUUUUUAAUCAAGGUGGUCAAGUGAUUUGAUGCACUUUGUGGGGUAAGGCUUGUUUUAUUACAAUAAAGAUCUUGAUUAUUGAUCAGAUUGUUUUGACUGGGUGCCGCCAUUUUGUUUGAAGCAAAUGCAAGUGAUCUGAGAAGUGGAUCUGAUUGGUCAACAGGAGGAACAUAGAAGGGAAAUAAUUUGUAAUAGCCACUGGUGGCUCUUCGAUCGAGCCUAGAAAUUCAAGCCUUGUUUCACAAGGGUGGGAACUGAACUUUUAAAGUCAGUUAUCUCCCUUGCCUCGGGAGGAUGAGUAUAGGUAUGACUUUGUGGAUUAAUUUCAAGGAUGAGACAUUCAGAUUAGGAUGCAGUUAGGAUUCUAAUGUAGGUUUCAUCGAGGUGUUAAUCAGGAUGUUUGUGAUAGUCUUUCCAUGAGUUGUCAAUGUUGUAACUAUAAAGUUAAUCUGAAACCUGAUCUAUCCUCUCUGGCGUUGAUGUGAGGUGUGUUAGACAGGUGAUGAAAAAACUGUAGUCAAUCCUUACAAGGCUUUUGAACAUGUUGAAAUAAACGUCUGAAUACUUCAGACAUGUCUUUGUAGUCUGAUUUCCUGAGACUUGUCCUCAGUAUUCUAUGUUUUGGAUAAUAUCACCCUUCCAUAUUUAACAAAUUAAUCAGAAUUUUAUGAUAAUUCAAAAUUGACAUGUAUAUUUUCUGACUUUGAUUAAAAAAAAUUAAUCUCAAUUUAACUAAAUUUGACUUCCAUAUUUUCUGAUUAAGUUGAAAUAGAAUGUUAUGAAAUUUCUUUUUGAAUUGGUAAACUUGGACAUAUGUGAAUUUCAGGUGAUCAGAUUUCAUAUUUGACUUCAUAAUGAUCUAUGAAAUAUGAAAAAUAGAAACUGUAGAAUACAAGGAUAUAUAUACAUGUAUACCCCUUAGACUCAGUGUUGUCAGUCUUCAUAUCACCUAGACAUUCACAGGUAAAAUCAGAUCUAGAUUAUCAAGUAUUUGAAGAACUUGUACCGGUUGGAAUAGGACUAUUUACAUUUAUCCAUAGCUCAGCCGAAUUUCUGUGUGAUGCAGGUCCUAGCGUAGCUUUGUACCCAGCUGUAGGAAUAGAGGUUCGUGCUAUUAACCACCGGUUGGUGAUUUAUUUCAAUCUUCUCAGCAGCAUGAAUUACGAUCACCCUGAUUCAUUUAUAUGUAGGCUAUUAUAGUAGGCAUUUAUAUGUAGGCUAUUAUAGUAGGCAUUUAUAUGAACUAUUUCAGGUCUUGAGUCUGUCAGAUUGUGGAAUUUUUAGCAGACAUAUGAACAUGGCAAAUCUGUGUUUAAUACCAUGAGCAACAACACAUCCAUGCCAUCGGGCGAUGAUGGCUCAAAGUCCGUCACUCAAUCCUCAUUUUAGUCCGCUCUGUUGUCGAACAUCAACCUUAGCCUGUCUCACAGUCCCUGAACCAUAUUAUUUCCCUUCCUCUCAGGCCUUUCUGUAAUGCUUAUGCCCUAAAUAAAGUAAGUCUAGAUUUUCUACAUUUUCUGAAUCACCCAUUUCACUUGGCUCCUUUGAAAUAUAAAUGGAGUUAUUUGUUUCUUUCAUGGUUAUAUUUUUUUUAUGGACUAAGCGUUAGUCUGUGACAGCCUGUUCUCCCCUGGUUUCCCACAGCGGAGGUAAUGAAGGAGAAUGCUUUAUGGGCAAUGGUGAUGAGUUUAUUGUCAAGACUGAAAUGUCACAGGAUUCAAAACAAAAUAAAAAUGAAAAUGUGACAAAAUAAAAAUAUUUAUCUUUUCAACAUCUCUUCCUGUAGCAACAUUGUUAUAUUUUGUUGUGCUUGUAUAAUGUUUGUGCUUGUGAUCACUGUGUUUCAGCAGCUUGAUGUAAACACUCCUGUCAUAUAGAUCAGAGGUGUGGCCGGUGGGGUUGCCCUACUCACCCUACUCGCCCUGGGGCCAGUGAGCAGUGUAUUCCGCAUACCGGUGUAUAGGAAUGUGGUUUGCUUCAUGCGUGAGGACAUGUUCAGCAUUAGGUUAUCUGUCACUCUAAGGCAUCUCCCAGAAAUUAAAUUAUUUCUUUUCAAAUGUAAAACCAUGAAACGUGAACUCUCUCCACCUGACAUUCAGGUUUCACAACCCCUUGUAAUUGAGACUUGAAAAGUACAGUAUAUGACCGCAGAUAAGCCGAGGUAUUAAUUUGACCCUUGAAACAUGAAAUGACAGUAGAUAAGCCGAACCAGGAAGUGAAAGGCAAAGACACACAGCGAAGUCGGACUGCAAGACUGUGCCGGUACUUGCAGAUAUUCAAUAAUAUAACAUGACAGGUGUCGUAAUUAUAUUGAAAAAGUCAGUAAGGUAGUUCAGUGUUUGCAAACAGGGUCACUAAAAUUCUUUAUCAUACAUUUAGAUCUGAUUAUAUACUAAAUCAACUUCAACAAAAACUAUUCUAGAAAGCUAUGAGACGGCUGUUGGAAGCUUAAGAAUACACACUGGUCAAGUAAC